CAGUAUCUGGGGCAGUUGGAGCACAUUAUGCGCUGUGGUUUCAAGGAGGACCACACGGGUGCAGGCACCUUGACGGUGUUAGGCAUGCAGGCACCAUACAACCUGAGAGAUGAACUUCCUCUGCUCACAACCAAACGAGUGUUCUGGAAGGGUGUUUUGAAGGAGUUGCUGUGGUUUAUCAAGGGAUCCACAAAUGCUAAAGAACUGGCCUCCAAAGGAGUGAGAAUCUGGGAUGCCAAUGGGUCCCGAGAUUUUCUGGACAGCAUGGGAUUCUCUGCACGACAGGAAGGGGAGCUGGGCCCAGUUUAUGGUUUCCAGUGGAGACAUUUUGGAGCAGACUACAAAAAUAUGGAUUCAGAUUACUCGGGUCAAGGAGUAGACCAGCUGCAAAAAGUUAUUGACACUCAAAACCAAUCCUGACGAGAGAAGAAUCAUGAUGUGUGUCUGGAACCCAAACGAUCUUCCCCUGAUGGCACUUCCUUC